AUGGGUUUACAAAUAACUAAAUGUUGUUUCUGCAUUCCAUUGAAAGCUGGUGUUAUAAUUAUAUCAUUACUUUGGCUUUUCAUAGGAUUAUUCUUUACUAUAUUCAGAGUUUUGGGCCUUAAACGGUAUAUACAGGAUAAAGGAUUAAAAGAAGUUUCAGAGGAAGGCUCUACUAUCUUUACAUUUGAAAUCAUGGUUAUGGCCCUUGAUGUAUAUGCUACACUCGGAGCAACAUUUGGGUUGUACGCUGUAAUUUUUUCGUAUUCGGAUGUACAAAAGGAGAAAAUUCGUAUGAUUGUAGAUCAACCAUACGAAAUUGUUUUUGAAAUUCUUUUCUCGGUGUACUCUUCUUUAACAAUUUCAUCUUAUGCAUGUAGAAAAAAGGAAAAAGAAGCAGCAGCUGUUAGAAAUUUAAAUGAAUCAUCCGAUCAAACUAACCAUAAUUUUGUAGUCGUAUUAAAUUAA